AUGGUGAAAUUCUCAAAUACUCAAGACUUCACAACGGCCAUCACUGGAGGACCUUGGAUCAUCCACGACCAUUAUUUGGUGGUCCAUGAAUGGACACCUUCAUUCAGAGUCGAUGAACAGCUCCCUCCGACCGUGGUGGCGUGGGUACGCUUCCCAGGAUUCCCCGUCCAAUACUACCAUUCGCAUCUCCUCAAAACCAUAGGGAAUUCACUUGGGCGUACCAUUCGAAUCGAUUACAACACGGAGGCUGCACAACGAGGCAAAUUUGCAAGAAUUGCGGUGGAAUUAGAUGUGUCAAAGCCACUUGCUCUCAAAUUUCUCCUAAAUGGAAAAUGGCAAAAGAUACUAUAUGAGAAUAUACCCCUCAUCUGCUUCUCAUGUGGUAAGAUUGGCCAUGAAAAGAGUCGUUGUGUGGACUCCCAAAUCUUUCAAUCCCCUGCUGCAACGAUGAUUCCCUUAACUGCGGCAACACCUCCCGAGGAACUCACCGGUUAUGGACCAUGGAUGCAAGUGAAUCGAAGGUCAUCUCGCCGUCCGAAUGCAUCACACCAGCAGAAGGCUGCUGCUCGCUCGCCGGCAUCCAAUUCGACCGGCAAUACCUCGCCACCGCCGGAGAAACCGACAGCUAGAAGCGACACAACCACCCCUCCAACCGCCUCAUUAAAGGAUCCCCAUGCAACCCAAUUGAAGACUGUUGCGGUGUCAGACGCCCCAUCCCGCCACCAUAAAUCUCUGCCUUCUUCCGCUUCGAUCGAUGCCCAGAUCCAGAACAGAGAGGGAGCUGCCAGGCGUAUUAACGAUGUGCAUGAGGGGGGAUUUAAUUCACAAGCAAUCAACAACUACCAACCGACAUCAUCUGGGCGAAGUAUGGGAGGGUCUUCAGAUGACAAAAAAUCAAAGCAAAAUCUUCCCUUGGCGCACAGAAUUGAAGACGGCAUGGUGAUGGCAGGGACGCUACGUACUGAGUUGGAUAAGAAGAAGAACAAUAUUUUUUUGAAGGAGAAGCACCCCUCGGUAACAGAGGGGAGGGCGCCGGCACCCAUUUCUGAUGGGCUUUUGGGAAAAGCUCCACUUAACCCUGUGGGCCUCUCUACAAUAUCUGGGCCCAACGCUCCAUCUACAUCCAAAGAAGAGUUCGGGCCAAGCCAUACAUCCAGCUCCACUAACUCUUCCGUUCAAACUAUCGUUCCCCCGCCGGUUCGCACAAUUACAGGUCCAAAUGGAACUACAAUUCACAUAAUCGAAGUGCAACCGCUAGAAGCUCGGACUUCGAACAAAGGAAGCCCGUCAAUAACGGAGAGAAUGAAGAAGGUACGGAGCAGUAACCAACAUCAGAAGCAGGGAAUCUCACUGAAGAACAACGACAACAAAAAACCCAUUUUGGGUUUGGUGACGAAGAAGAAAAAGCAUACUAAAGGUAUGGAGCAAUCUAUCCCCAUAACCCUUCAAGACUUAGAAGUGUUAAAUGCCAACUUCAUCAACAAGCACACGAUGAACCAUGCUCUAUCAGAGGAAGGGGUUGAAUCAUCUAUAGCUAUAAACCCCGAUCCAACGAACGCUUAA